AUGCCGCCUCGAAAGCGGCCGAGUGUUGCAGCCCCCAUCACUCCAGGCCGAAGCAGCAAGUCACGACUCACUGCGGCGCACGCUUUAGAGGCCGACGACGAGUCGAUGGCGUCAUCGCCGAGAUCUGGCCGACAACCAGGACAUCCAGCAGCGGGGCGAUACACAGUUGCGGCGCAUGAAGCAGAUGCUGAGCUCCAAGAUGAUGGCAGCUCCAUAGGAGAGGGCGCUCGAGCUGCGAUUCUCUUCCAUGAGCCAUUCUUUGAUGCAGCCAUGGUGCAACUGGAAGCUGGCGGAUCUGAAAUGACGGAACGGAAUGACACAGAUCUGGAGAUGCUGUACUUCGUCACAGAAGCCGAGGACGGCCAGGUCGAGUUUCGACUUCCUGAAACGGGCUUCAACCAGAAGUUAUCCCGAGGUGGAGAGGUCCUCGUCCCAGCGGGCGCAGCCUUCACUUUGAGGAACAUGAGCCCAGCUAUUCCUGCAAAGCUGCUAGCAGUCGUUCCACGGUAG